UGACCCGAUGAGCGGACAACCGACAUUUAAAUAUCUUCAUGUACAGUAGGCUGCAUUAACAAGAUGAAACCACUCAAUAUCGCGGUCUGCCGGUCUUUGGGCUAGUACAGGUGCAAUUCCUUCCACGUUGUGUAGGCUUCUUUUUAAACAUUUCAAAACCCUAAUUGCAUAGAUGACCUACUAUAGACUAACCGAAUAGUUGGGAACAUGUAAUUACACCUUCCCUUCUUUGCCCCUCUCUUUUCCACAUCUCUCUCACGUACACACACAAUCGGUGGAGUUGAGUCGGCUAGGUUAACAUCACUAGUUGCUAGUUGAGUGUUGGCUUCCACCAUCAGGAAAUGGAGGAAUGAGUGUGUAGCGAUCGACACAGAGGGAGGGGAAACUGACGAGACGUUUACUGCAAGUCCCACACAGAACGUGAGCGAGGUCUCCCAGUUCCAGCGGCAACACUUGAAACAAAAAGAUGAGUGACGAAAAUAGACUUCAAGUUGAACUUUUUGUGAAGGCAGGCAGUGAUGGCCAGAGCAUUGGCAACUGUCCAUUCUCCCAGCGCCUCUUCAUGGUGCUGUGGCUCAAAGGAGUCACUUUCAACGUCACCACCGUGGACAUGAAGAGGAAACCAGAGAUCCUUAAGGACCUGGCCCCUGGUGCUCAGCCCCCCUUCCUGCUCUACGGGACGGAGGUGAAAACCGACACCAACAAGAUAGAAGAGUUCCUGGAGGAGAACCUGUCCCCUCCAAAAUACCCCCGCCUGGCUUCCAGGAACCCUGAGUCUAACACAGCCGGCCUAGACGUGUUCUCCAAGUUCUCAGCCUACAUCAAGAAUUCAAACCCCCAGCUCAAUGACAACCUAGAGAAAGGCUUGCUCAAGGCCCUGAAUAAGCUAGACGAAUACCUUGGCUCCCCACUUCCUGAUGAGAUUGACGAGAAUAGCGCGGAUGACGUCACUUCCUCCUCCCGUCCCUUCCUGGAUGGGCAGGUCCUCACUCUGGCCGACUGCAACUUGCUUCCCAAGCUGAACAUUGUCAAGGUGGUGUGUCUGAAGUAUCGCACUUUCUCCAUCCCCAAGUCUCUCUCCAACCUGUGGCGGUACCUGGAUGCUGCGUACGCCCACGAGGAGUUCUCCUCUACCUGCCCCAAUGACACAGAGAUACACAUCGCCUACUCAGCCGUGGCUAAAGCACUUAAGUAGGAGGACAAGGGGAUCCCAUCAGUCACACACACCAUCAAAUACACACAUACACACACACCUGAUCAGAUAUCCUAGACACACUCACCUACCUACGUGUGGCACUGUACAUGUGGCAGCAUACACACACACCAAUGCACUCACACAUACAGGCACUCCCCCAGACACAUGCACACCAUUCCAACAGUCUUUCUUGAGAACAGGAAAUCAAUAUCACUGUAA